AUGGACAAGACAGACUUAUGGAAAAAGCUUGGGGAUUCAAAUGAGUUCCAAAGGAUCGCGCCCAUGUUUGCAUCUCCAACCUAUAACAAUGGCUUAGGACAAGAUCCCCAGGACCCAUUUAUAAGAUCUGUCUAUCAUCACUGGUUCAUGGCAGAAGCAGGACCUUUUCAAAAUACUGGGAGGUUUGAAAGGGCACAUUUCACUUCAGCAUGGAAGAGUGAGUGGGCUACCAAAUACUUGCCAAUAAUACUGCAGCACACCCGGAACCCAGUACAUGGGCGAGUCAGGCACCUCAACCGUGUACGCAGCAGAGCUUCAAGGGUCCUGAACUUGCGCUGCAAAUGGUAUACUGGACUCCCACAAGGCAAGUACCCCUCCCGGAAAAGUGCGCCAUCCGGGCGAUUCAGAACCCCAAAUACUCGUCAGAACCAGUACAACCUGGUCGAAGUCCUUAAAGCGCUCGUCGGACUUCGGGAGCUGGAGCUGGAGUGGAGACUGGAGUUCAGGUGGAUCCCUGCGCAUGGUAUGAAACGCGACUGGGAAAAAUUCUGGGAGAACACAAAAAACAUGGCAAAGAUCUCUUCAGGCUUGGAGUUCAACCAGGGAAAGCAAUUCUUGGCACACACAGAAGAACACACAGAGUGA